AUGGAACUCUUAUGUUCAAUUUGCGGGCAAGACUUAGACAUCUGUAUAAGAUGGCCUCGCUUGAUUCCAAAUACAGGAGAUACUAUUUGUUAAUUGUGUGUAUAAUAAAUUGUUGACUAGACUAUUGAGGCUGAUAAGAUUAUACAUUUAUAAAAUGAUUUGACUUAAGUAGUGUUUCUAUUUUAAAAUUAGUUAUAACAAAUCAAAUAAAAUUAAUUGAAACUGGAUGACUUUCCUCUCAAUCAGAGCCUAUUGAGAAUCCUUUAAUUAUAAAAAUCAAAGAAUCUUCGUCCAAUAAAUUUAGAAUCGAAAAUGAAUAAUCAAACUUUUGAAGAAUGGCCAUCAGAUGAAACAAGUAUUGAUAGUAAUUUUUUGGAUGAAUUGGCAACUUCUGUAAAAAAACCUUAAAAAUUAAAUUUAAAACGAUUUAGAGAUCAAGAUGAUAGUUUUGGUUCUCUUAAUUAUUCUUAUAAUUCAGGAAAAUUGUGUUAAACUCAUCGUAGACAACUUGAAGUUGUUUGUCUUCAAUGUUAAACUAUGAUUUGUACAAAUUGUGCUUUAUUUGGAAGUCAUAAAGGACAUUAUAUAUAUAGUGAAGAGGAUAUUAUUUCACUUUUAGAGAUGAAAGCAUAGGAACUUACAGAAAUGGUUGAGAGAAUUCAUAAAGAAUCAUAGUCUAUUUCUAGAACAAAACAUGAAUAGGAUUUCUAAAUGUAAGUUUCAGAAAUGUAAAGAAUUGCUGUUGAUAAAUUAAAGAAGGAAUUUUUAGAAUUGAGAGAUAAAAUUGAUUAAAAAGAAAAAAUUGUAAGUGUAUACUUUUUCUAAUUUUAGUUAGUAUCUUAAAUAAUGAUUGCUACAUCGAAUAAUAUCAAUAAGUUUAGUGAUUGGUGGAACAAUACUAUUCAUAUAGAGAAGGAAUGUCAAUCUUGGAUUAAAUUAGCAUAAAGUGCUUUUGAAUAAUUUACAGAACAAGUUAAAUAUUGGGAAUUACUUAAUCUUACUGAUAGUUUGAGAACCAAUGGACUUUAACUCUAAUAGUAAGAGUAUUUAUUAAUUAAAUAAGAGAAAUAAAGAAAAAUUAAUCAUAGAUUAUAGCCAAAAGAGAUCAACUAAUUGGUUUAGAAAUUAAUGUAAAAUUUAAUUGGAAUGCAUUAAAAUUUGAAGAUUUUUGUAAAAUAAUUGAAGGUCCUGAAUUAAUGAUUUCCAAUAAUAAUCAUAAUAAUAAUAACUAAUCUCAAUAAUCACCUUAUUUAUUGGGUUCUUUUUCAAUACAAUAAUCUAUAGAAGAAACUGAUUUAUUAAAUGAUGUUAGUGCCACAUUUGCAAAUGAAGCAGAACCUGUUAAUUAAAUUAAGAGAGUUUUUAGAAGUGCCACUCCUACAAAUUAAAUGAAUACUGAAAAUUGUGAUCCAGCUUUAUCACCAAUUGUAAAGUAGUAAUUUAAAAUAGUAGGAAAGUAAUAGAGCUUCAAUUUGCAGAAAGAAAUCUUAAGUUCCAAUGAAAUUAUAAUUGUAUAUGGAUGAAUUAAGAAAAGGUAAAACAGAUGUGGCAGAAUUCAAUAAUUUAGAAAAAGAUAUGUUGGUAGUUUUAGGAAAUGAAAUAAAGCAUUGGAAGGUUAAAAGUGUAAAAAUUAUGAAAUCUAAAUUAUUGGAUGAUCAACUCUUGUAAUUAUUUAAGGGUAUAUAAUUAAUUUAUUGAUAUAAUUUAGCUUUGUCAUAAAAUGAUAAUAUUUAGAGUGUGAAUUUAUCAUAAAACUCAUUAACUGAUAAAAGUAUUGACACAUUAUUCUAGUUAUAUUAAAAUGGAUUGAUUGGUAUUCAUCUUAAGAAUAUAAUUGUUUCAUAAAAUAAGAUAAAUGCUAGAAAUGUAAAAUAGAAGAUUACUGAUUUUAAGAAAUUGGGUUUGAUUAUAACAUUAUGA